CGCAACACCUGGCGUCAUAGCUUCAGCCCUGUAAGCUUUGAGAAAGUCCAGUUGGCCCACACGCCCCGCCCCCUCUAACGCAUAGGCACGGCUUGAGCGACUGGCGGUAUAAUACACUACAGCAACGCGACCACACGAUCCUUGAUUGACAACGAACCCCCUCCCCUGUGUACCAGAACCCUUCAGGAAAUCACUGAAACGACGACACCAUGGCUCUCGACCCACGCGCGCUUGAAGAGAAGGCCAAGAAGACGCUUCAGAGCGCAGGCGGAGGUUUCAGCUUCUUCAGCAGCAACAAGGAAGAAAAGUAUCUAAAUGCCGCCGAUCUCUACGUCCAGGCGGCCAACGCCUACCGGAUGGAGAGGAUGAAUAAGGAAGCGGGACAGUGCUUCGAGGCGGCGGCCAAGAUCCACCAGGAGAAGUUGAACGAGCCGGACGACGCGGCCAACCAGAUGGUCGACGCCUUCAAGGUCUACCGCAAAGACUACCCCCAAGACGCCAUCCGCUGCAUCAAGGCGGCCAUCGCCCGGUACCAGGCCAAGGGCAACUUCCGCCGGGCGGCAUCCCACCUCGAAAACGCGGCCGAGCUGCUCGAGGAGACCGGUGAUCGCAAGUCCGCCAUGCCGUUCUACAGCGACGCGGCGCGCUUCUACGAGGAGGAUGGGGCGAAAGCUCUGGCGAACAAGAACUGGCUCAAACUGGCCGAUGCUGCCGGUUUGGACGGCGACUACUUCAAGGCGGUGGAGCACUACGAAAAGGUGGCCGACUCGUCCCUCGAUAACCAGCUGAUGAAGUACUCGGUCAAAGACUACUGGUUCAAGGCGGGCAUUUGCAUCCUGGCGACCAAGGACCUCGUCAGUGCGCGCCGAAACCUAGAGAGGUACAAGGAGAAGGACCCGUCGUUUGCGACGCAGCGAGAGUGCCAGCUCCUUUCGGACUUGAUCGAAGCCAUCGAAGCUGGGGACCAAGAGGUAUUCACCGACAAACUGUAUGCAUACAACCAGAUGAGCCCGCUCGAUAAGUGGAAGACCGAGAUCCUGCUUAGGAUCAAGAACCAGAUCGAAGAGGCGGACAAUGAGUUUUCUUGAGUGGUACUGCCUUGAUGGUGUUGGCGUUUGGGAUUAUAGAGCAAGUAAUCGAUGGCCCGGGCAAACCCAGAAAGUUACAAGACUUGAAUCACUGUGUGAGAGAGAGAGAUUGGCUGCUUCGAAGGCCGUUAGAAGUGUGCCUGGUUGAAUACGAACGGCAGGGGCCUACUUAAGCCGCGCGGACGACUCCCGUGUGGCCUUUACCCCGACACAAGAGGCCCGUCUGAGUACGCUACAGGGCCUACUGACAAGCUUGAAUCCGUGUCCCUGGUAAAGCUACUAGGUACUCACGCCUACUGACGCGGUUACAGCACACUGCUGAAACAUUGUGGUCGGCCUG